AUGGCUAACCCCGUGGGAAUCGAGACCCGUCUUUUCAUCGGCGGUCAAUUCAGCGAGCUUGUAGCAGAGGCCCAUGAAGCAAAGGCCGCGGACGUGGAUCGUGCGGUUGAGAGUGCCAAGGCAGCACUCCCAGCGUGGUCAGAACUGGAUGGCUCUGAGAGGCGCAGAUAUAUGCUGAAAUUGGCCGACCUUGUGGAAGCGCAUGGGGCCGAGUUCGCCCGCUUGGAGGCUUUGUCCAUGGGCAAGCCGGUUUCCACCUACGUGGAACAUGUUGUAGGCCCCGCCACUUUGAGAUACUACGCAGGAAAGGCGCUGGACAUCCACGGGGCCACCUCGUUAACCUCGAAGGAUCAGCUCAACCUCACAUUCCGUCAGCCGUAUGGUGUAACAGGGGCCAUCAUCCCGUGGAAUGUCCCGUUAAUUAUGAUCUGCUUUAAAGUGGGACCGUCUCUGAUCGCGGGAAAUACGCUGGUCCUGAAAUCAUCCGAGAAGGCCCCGCUGACCUCCCUGCUGUUCGCGCGUCUGGUUCACGAGGCUGGCUUUCCGCCCGGCGUCUUCAAUGUGGUCUCCGGAUAUGGCCUUCCCUGCGGGGAUGCUAUUGCACGUCAUAUGGAGAUCCGGAAAAUCGCCUUUACAGGCAGCACGCGGACUGGGAAGGCGAUUCAGAAGGCGGCGGUCGAGUCGAACAUGAAAUCGUGCACUCUGGAACUCGGUGGCAAGAGCCCCCUGAUCGUGUUCGAUGAUGCCGAUCUGGACAAGGCGGCCAGAGCCGCAGCCUUCUCUCUGGUUUCGAACUCCGGGCAAGUCUGCAUGGCUUCGACCCGAGUUUAUGUCCAUACAUCAGUGGCGAAGGAGUUCACAUCGCUGUAUACCCGCGCCAUUCAAGUCAUUCGGGGCGCUGUAGGGGACCCCUUGGAUCCCACAACGCGAUUCGGGCCCCAGGCCGAUGCAGUCCAAUAUCAGAGUGUCUCAAAAUAUCUGGCGAUGGCUGCCCAAGACGGUUUGUCGCGGUUGACCCUGGACAAUCCCAUCGUGACCGGAGGCAAAAACAUUGUCGCCCCGGAGGUUUUCGUCGAAGUGCCGGAGGAUCACACCCUCAUGCAAGAAGAGAUUUUUGGAGCUGUUUCUUGUCUCAACACCUUUGAGACCGAGGCCGAGGUGGUCGCCAAGGCGAACGACUCAGUGUACGGCCUCUACGCGAGUGUCUUCACCCGCGACCUGCAGCGAGCGAUCCGGCUGGCGAAGCAGUGUGAAGCGGGCUCGGUCGCAAUCAACACUUCGUCGCCGUAUUUCUGUCAGGACCUGCCCCUCGGCGGGUAUAAAGGAUCAGGGCUCGGACGGGAGUUGGGGCAGGAAGGCCUGGACGCGUGGACCGAGACAAAGACUGUCUAUAUCUCGACAGCCUAG